UUUAAAAGUGAAUAAUUUAUCUCAAUUUAUGGGGCAAAUAUUCUCUUACCCAACAACUCCAAUAAAUCCAAAUCUACAAAUAUCUUUUCCAACUGACCAAAAUAAAAAUACAAGUCCAUCAAAUAGUGAUUCUGAAAGAAAUAAAGCAAAUAAUAAUUUAAAUAAGCGUGUCCAACUAACACAUGUCCAUCUACGUAAAGCUAAAUUAAUCUUCUUUUAUCAACGCUAUCCAAAUAUUUCUGUUCUUGAAGGUUAUUUUCCAGAUGUUCAAUUUAAUGAACACAAUACUGCACAAGUAAAAUUUUAG